CUUAGGCAGGCCCGGGGACAGCUCACUGUGUGUACGUGGUGGCUGGAAUCAGGGCUAAAGGAGCAUUUUGAACCAAGGGCCAAGAAAGAGGAACCCAGUACCAGGAAUUGUGACUCAUGAGAGCCAGCUCUGUAAGGGAUGCUAUGGAAUAUGAUGCGAAGCUGGCCCGGUUCCGGCAGGCCCACCUCAACCCUUUCAACAAGCAGGCUGGACCACGGCAGCAUGAGCAGGGGCCUCAUGAGGAAGGCUUGGAGGUUGCUUCUGAAGAGGCCCUGCCUGAGCUGCCUUCUGAGGAGCCGGAGUUCCGAUGCACUGAGCGCGUGAUGGAUCUUGGGCUUUCUGAAGACCACUUCUCCCGGCCCAUGGGCACAUUCUCAGCUUCUGACAUCCAGCAGCUGAGGCAGGCGAUUGAGGAAUGCAAGCAAGUGAUUCUGGAGCUGCCCGAACAGUCGGAGAAGCAGAAGGAUGCUGUGGUGAGGCUCAUCCACCUCCGGCUGAAGCUCCAGGAGCUGAAGGAUCCCAAUGAGGAUGAGCCCAACAUCCGUGUUCUCCUCCAGCACCGCUUCUACAAGGAGAAGAGCAAGGGUGUCAAGCAAACCUGUGACAAGUGCAACACCAUCAUCUGGGGGCUCCUUCAGACCUGGUACACCUGCACAGGGUGUUACUACCGCUGUCACAGCAAGUGCUUGAACCUCAUAUCCAAGCCCUGCGUGAGUUCCAAAGUCAGCCACCAAGCUGAGUAUGAGCUGAGCAUCUGCCCUGAGACCGGGCUGGACAGCCAGGACUACCGCUGUGCCGAGUGCCGGGCGCCCAUUUCCCUGCGGGGUGUGCCUAGCGAGGCACGGCAGUGUGACUACACUGGCCAGUACUUCUGCAGCCACUGCCACUGGAACGACCUGGCUGUCAUCCCCGCACGUGUUGUCCACAACUGGGACUUUGAGCCCCGCAAGGUGUCUCGCUGCAGCAUGCGUUACCUGACGCUCAUGGUGUCCCGGCCAGUGCUCAGGCUCCGAGAGAUCAACCCUUUGCUGUUCAAUUAUGUGGAAGAGCUGGUGGAGAUCCGGAAGCUGCGCCAGGACAUCCUGCUCAUGAAGCCUUACUUCAUCACCUGCAGGGAGGCCAUGGAGGCUCGACUGCUGCUGCAGCUCCAGGAUCGGCAGCAUUUUGUGGAGAACGACGAGAUGUACUCCGUCCAGGACCUCCUGGACGUGCACAUGGGCCGCCUGGGCUGCUCGCUCACUGAGAUCCACACGCUGUUUGCCAAGCACAUCAAGCUGGACUGCGAGCGGUGCCAGGCCAAGGGCUUCGUGUGUGAGCUGUGCAGAGAGGGUGACGUGCUGUUCCCAUUCGAUAGCCACACAUCCGUGUGCACCGACUGCUCGGCCGUGUUCCACAGGGACUGCUACUAUGACAACUCGACCACGUGUCCCAAGUGUGCCCGGCUCAGCCUACGGAAGCAGUCGCUCUUCCAGGAUCCUGGCCCAGAGGAGGAUGUUUAGUGCGCUGGGGGACAGCACCAGGCACCUCCACCUGCCUGCAUAGCACCCACCUUGUUCGGCCUUGCAAAGUCAAGGUGUGCAUUCUGCUGUGGCGACCCCUGGGCUGUAGCCCUUGGACCUCCUCACCCUUGCUGUACCAGAGGUGGGUGAGCAGCGCUCGCAAGGACCACCAACCCUCGUGUGCUUGCUGGGACUCUGGCAGCUGCACUU